CUUUGGUGCUGACCACGAUCUAUGGUGUGCACGAAGUGCGAGAAGAAAUUGUCUCAACUUGCUGCUCCCGAUCCUUUCAAGUCAAGCUCGAGCAGUAUCAAGGACGGAAGUCGCAAGGUCGGCGAGAACAAGCUUCUCUCCCGGCCAGGGAGCUCGAAGAAUCGCUUCCAGCCUUACCAAGGAAAAUGCAAAGACUGCAAGUCUAGCGUUUCCCAGAAUAAGGCGAAGUACUGCCAUGGCUGCGCAUACAAGAAAGGUAUCUGCGCAAUAUGCGGCAAGCAAAUACUUGACACGACAGGCUAUGUGAUGUCCAGCAAGUAGAGGCGCACUCCCCCCACCAUAUUAUCCGGACUGUACACUAGGACGACGACGCUGUACUAUACCUGUAUCCUCGACAGUCUCUCUAAUGAUCAGUCUCAACGUUCCGCGCCACCUCACGAACUCGAAGUCAAUCUCAAGAUCGCAUAACGACAGCUAAUAUACAAGAUCUACUACAUCCAUCACAUCUCUACAGGGUAGGCCAGCUCAGGUCAAUAGGCUUCAAGUCACCCGGGCCCUUGAAGUUCUUAACUAUGUCCGCCUGCUCAGCGAGCAGAUACCUGUCCGUCUGGGUUCCAAUCUUCGCCAGGCCCCGCCAGCGUUCCAAGUCUGCCGGAUUCCGCUUGUCGCCGUGCGCCUCCACCGAGUGCUCCCAGUGGCCCUUCGAGAACGCGAUGAGCGUCGUGAUGC